AUCAUCAGAGAAGGGGAGAUCGGUGGGAAUAAUGGGGCAGGGGUCAGAAGAUGCAGCACUAGUAGCAGUAGUCGAGGAACACAUAUCAGAAGAACAAGUGGUAGAAGAUGCAGUAGUAGUACCUAGAGAAAAACAGAAGCAGGUGGUGUUGAAAGACUUCGUUAGCGGCUUUCCAAAAGAGAGCGACAUGUACAUAAGCAGCAGCAGCAGCAUGGGUUUGCAGGUGGGACAAGCAAAUGGCGGUGGUCACAUCCACGGGGUGCUGCUGCUCAAGAACCUCUAUCUGUCCUGCGACCCUUACAUGCGGAUUCUCAUGACAAGAAGAAUCCAAGAUCCUGCAGCUACCACCGUCUUCCCUACUUCCUACGCGCCUGGCUCGGUUGAUCUGUUGAAGAACAAGUUGGGAUUUGACGAGGCUUUCAACUACAAGGAAGAGCAUGACUUGGCUGCAGCUUUGAGAAGGUACUUCCCGGAGGGCAUUGACAUUUAUUUCGAGAAUGUGGGAGGCAAAAUGUUGGAUGCAGUGCUUCUGAACAUAAGAAACCAUGGCCGCAUUGCUGUUUGCGGAAUGGUUUCCCAAUACAACCAGCUGGAGCAGCCUCAAGUUGUAAACAAUCUCAUGCAGCUCACCUACAAGCGCGCCCGAAUGGAAGGCUUCGCGGUCUUUGACUACUAUCCCCUUUAUUCCAUGUUCCUGGACUUCGUGUUGCCUCGCAUCAGAGGGGGGAAGCUCCACUAUAUAGAGGACAUUGCUCAAGGCCUUGAGAGUGCUCCCUCCGCGCUUGUGGGACUUUUCAGGGGUCGAAACCUUGGCAAACAGGCAGAAGGAAUUUUUCGAAUAAACCCAGAAAACAGCCACGAGGAGGAUGUGAGGAGGCAAAGUUGGAAGUUCUGUUUUGAGCUCAAGUGAUGAGGAAGAUUCAGAGGCAAGCGUGGUUGUUCUCGGCGAGAACCCAUCCAAAAGAUCUAGCACCUAUGACGUGAAGACGAUGGACAAAUUAGUGGAUCUUGCUUUUCCAGCGCCAUUGCUUGUUGUUAUUUUGAGCUCAAGCGAUGAGGAAAAUACCCAAACAAGUGUAAUUGUUCUUGGAGAGGAUGACUUACAGAUCAAAGAGGUUGACUUGCAGAACCCAUAAAAAAAAUCCAGCACCAAUGAUGUGGUGAUGGUGGACAAAGCGGUGGAUCCACAUGUUUUUUUCGGUUCCUUUGCUCAGUUUUAGGGGAAUUGUAAUAGUAAACUAUCAUUUAAACUCAUUUGUGUAGGCACACCAUUUGCUGAUUCUGGUUUUAUCUCCAUAGCCAUCCAUUCGUUGCUUCUGUAAAUUAGAUUAGGAGAUCUGAUAUUUGACAGAUUCAUAUUGGAAUUGGUCUGUAUGUUGUUUGGCUAAAAAAAUUCUUACUUCAAGGAUU